AUGUUGCUCAAACCCGCGACACCCCUCACCAUCUUGCUGCUGAUCGCCUUUGCGCUUUUGCUACUCUCAUGUAUCUCAACUCCUAUUGUGAAGGGAAUUCCUCUAGCAACUUUCAAAGAUGUCGAUUAUGGUGUCUUUGGAUAUUGCAAGGGUAGUACCUGUACCAAUAUCCAUGUGGGAUACACGAGCAAUGAUAUAAGUAGCACAGGCGAUGAUUUCAAUCUCCCUUCCGGUACUCGAAAGUCACUGUCCUCGAUUCUCAUUAUCCAUCCAGUCGCCGCCUUCCUGACCCUUAUUUGCCUCUGCCUGGCCAUUGCGGCCCACUUCCAUGCGCCCUCCCACUCGCCGCGCUUCCUAUUGGCGCUUCUCAUCUUGUUGCUGCCAACACUGCUCGUGUCUCUCCUCGCAUUCCUCGUCGAUAUCUUGCUCUUUGUACCACAUCUAGGAUGGGGUGGUUGGAUUGUGCUGGUCGCGACCAUCAUCCUCACCUCCUGUGGAGUGGUCACCUGUGCCAUGCGCCGAACCCUUGUGAGUCGGAAGGCAAGGAAGCGUCGGAUCGCGGAAAAUUCUGAGAUGAGUGGAGAGAACUAUUAUAACCGACAGAAUGCCGCUGCGGCUGCGCCCCCUGUUCCGGCUCCCAUUGACCCCAAGGAAGCCUUUGUGUCGCACUCUCUCAACUCCGACUCGGGCCCAACAUUCGCAUCCUUCCACGUGGAAACGCGCGACAGUGAUGACGAUCGAACACCCCUCAACUCGCGGACUCCCAUGAGCGAUACCCCAGCACAACCGGACCAUCACGGUGCUCCCUAUCGCGGCCCGCAAGAUGAAUUUGGCAAUAUCCCGCCUCAGGGCCCGGGCCCGUACGGUGCAGGUCUAAUGUCACGGAAUCCCUCCGAUCCCCGGGUUCGCCCCCAAUAUUCCGAUGGCAGUAUGGGUUCUCGAAGAGGAGGCGCGCCGCCUGGCUUCAAUGGACGCGGGCGGGGUGGAUAUCCUCCCCGGGGUGGACGCGGUGGACGCGGUGGACGUGGAGGACCUUACAUGGGACCUCCUCGCGGCCCUCCUGGCUCCCGGGGUGGCUACAUGGGGCCAAAUCCAGGCCGUGGAGGUCGCGGUGGAAUUAUGCCACCCCGGGGACCACCAGUCGGCUAUGAGUCCGGUCCAGGCGGCCCCAACCGCGGUUUCGACGCAUACGGUCGACCUGGGUCGCCUCCCAUGGAUGACCCUUAUAGUUAUGGGCCACCGGGUCAGAUGCACCAGCCACCUCCCGGGCCCAUUGGCAUGGCCGUGUCACCGGAGACGGUAGGCCAAGCCAUUGAGAUGACUCCGCAAUCUCGCCCGCAGUACGAGAUGCAUGAGUCGACUCAACCAAUGAGCAGCGUACCGCAAACACUGUCAGCCGAAAACCACGGUGCCGUCCCUGAAAGCCCGACAAGCAUAUACAGUCGACCGAAUUCCUAUGAUCCUCCUCGCUCGGGCUGGGGUGCAAAUGAUCCUCGCACUGUGACCCCGCAGCCACCGCAACAAAACAACAUCAGUACCAAUUACUACGAGGACGUGGAUCCCCGUUUUGCUCGUCGGCCAUCGCCUCCUACUAACUCUGGGAUCCCCCCCUCUCUGACGCCUGGAGCUACUCACUUUUGA